AUGGAUGAUGAGGUCUUUGUCAAUGAGUAUUACGUGGAGUACAAAGGCUGCUGGGGCUCCCUAACGUUGACGGAUCAGAUGCUUCAUUUUCGGGCAGACCCCCCUCGCAAGUCCACCAUCAAGUUGAGUUGGUUGCUUUUGGACAAGCUGCAAGUGUCAGUCACACGGAAACGCCUGUCGAUUGUCACAAAGUCGGGAAAGACAGCGACGUUUACCGUGAAAGAUAGAGAGACUCUGGAUAAUGUUCGGGGGGAUAUGAAACAGUUCGUGCAGACAGCCCACGAUGCCAAGAAGAGCGCCUCAGCAAAACCACCACAACCGUACCGACGUCAGAGCAGCAUCACCGCUCCCAUUACUCGAAUGUUCCAGGGAGCCCUGGAUUAUUACUACUCGACAUCUACCCGCCAUAUAAGUGCCAAUAAUGCCAAGCACGAAGAUCCCGAGAUUCGACAACUCAAACUCAAAUAUGCUGCUGACAUUGCCAGGAAUCCUCAAAUCAACGACCUAGACAAUCAAAUCAAUCAACUUCAACGGCAAAUGCAACAGGUACAAUGGGAACGCCGACAAUUUCAAAGGACACAAGAAGCUCAGCUAAAUCAGGACAAAAGCCACUGGAAGAGUCAACAAUACGAGCUUCAAACCAAACUCGAUCGAAUUACCAGGAUCAUUAAUGAGGACGAAGAUAUAUCCGAAGAUCCCAGUUACUACAUUGCUAGACGUGCGUACACCAAAGCUGUCCAAAAAGCAUCCGCCAAAGUCGCCCACAAAGCCGCCCCUCCCGUCCUGACCAAUGGGAAUCGCUCCGCCAAUGGCGCACAAAUCAAUGCCAAACGCAAAACCCAAAAACAAAUUCUCGAUGUGGAAACAAACCUAUGUCAAAUCAUGCACUUUUCCAUGUGCUUGCAACAUCAAAUCAGUGUCCUGAAAAAGAACAAACUACUGGUGAGCAGUUACCUGGAACGAGAAAAGCUAGUGGUGACCAGUGAACUGGCGCAAGAUCAAGAAUUUCAACAAUUAUUGGACAACAACAGUGAUACGAGUACUACUACUAGUAGUCAUUACGAACAAUGGUUGACACAACAAGAGGCGGCAUUGGAACAGUUACGGGAACUCAUGUCGGGACAUGGUCCGUCGUAG